GACCAUGCAAGCCCUUUCCACAGUUCCUGUCAUGUUUAGUUACUGGGCCAAACCUCAGGACACUUUAGACCUGUGCCAGCUUUUAAACAAUGACUUGGCUGCCACUGUUGCAAACCACCCCAGGAGGUUUGUGGGUCUGGGGACGUUGCCCAUGCAGGCCCCCGAGCUUGCCAUGAAGGAGAUGGAGCGCUGCGUGAAGGAGCUGGGCUUUCCCGGGGUCCAGAUUGGCUCCCACAUCAAUGAGUGGGAUCUGAAUGCGCCGGAACUCUUCCCUGUCUACGCAGAUAAACUCAAAGCUGGCAAUGCCCUAGCAUUUUUGGGCCUCGAAAGAAAACAAUUUGAAUGACUGGAUUUCCUACAAAGGCAAACAUUCAAGAAGUUAUUUUAUUUUUGCUUUUAAAUAUGUAUCACACAUGCAUUACUAAAAUCUUAUUUGGAACUAUUUUACCCAGAAAUAGAUGUUCUAAAUAAUGUUCUUAAUUAUUCAUAACAAAAAUGACUCACAGAAUAUGUUUUCAUUCUGAAAAACAGCACAUUAUUUUAUGCACAAAUCAAAAAUGAUUUUCCCAACACUUUUUAAAUUAAUGUCAGAAAUAAAAAGCAAAAUGUCAUUAAUGAUUUAUAUGUAGAAAGACCAACCACCAGACUCAUCCUGGAGGGCUGAGGUAGGUUCUCCACUUUGAGCAAGUAUAUGUGAAUAGGGCCCAAAUAACCCAUUUUUAUCCACUUUUAACACCCUCCAUUAGUCCACAACUGGGCUGGGAAUGCUUUACAAUCCAAAAAAAUAAGUGAUACAUAUAUUGCAUCAUCUCUAGAGGGCUUAUAGUCCAAUUAAAGAGGCAAGACACAUGUUCAUGGAAUAAUUACUAAGCAAUACAAUCGGAAGCACAGAAGUUUCAGUAAGAAAAACUCAUCUGGGGGGGCGCCUGGGUGGCUCAGUUGGUUAAGCAACUGCCUUCGGCUCAGGUCAU